AUGUCGUUCUCCGGAAGAAGGCUGAGUUUACUUAAACCCACCAACCGUCGUUUCUCCCUUGGCAAAGACCUAUCUGAGAAUGAGCAACGCUCCGAGACCCAUCGCCAGUUCCGUACUGCUCAUGAAGGUCACCGCCCCCACGCUGGCCUCGAUGCCACUCGAGUUUCCACCGGUGUUGUUUGGUGCACAGAGCGAGCCUCUGAGCAUGGCUUUUCUGAAGACCCUUCUAGCUGGGCCAAUCUAGGCCAGGGUGCUCCCGAAGCCGACGAUGAGAUCGAGGGCAGCUUCCCCCGCCCCACUUCCAUCCCCAUCACUUCUGCUGCCCGUGAAUACGGUCCGACCGCCGGUAUCAAGCCUCUGCGCACAGCCGUCGCAGAUCUUUACAAUGAGAACUACCGCCAAGGGAAAGAGAGCCAGUAUACAUGGGAAAACGUCUGCAUUGUCCCCGGUGGACGUGCAGGUUUGAUCCGUAUUGCUGCCAUUCUGGGCAACUCAUAUUUGUCCUUCCCUAUUCCCGACUACUCUGCAUAUUCAGAGAUGUUGACUCUGUUCAAGAACAUUGCUCCCAUUCCUAUUCCUCUCUCCGAGGAAGACAGCUACCACAUCCAUCCUAACAAGAUUGCUGAGGAAAUCGCCCGUGGUACUCAGGUGCUUCUGACUUCCAACCCCCGUAACCCCACUGGAGACUUCGUGGGCAAAGAGAAGAUGGCCGAGAUCCAGGACAUUGCCCGCGACCGCGCUACUCUCAUCAUGGACGAGUUCUACGGUGGUUACAACUACACCACCGACUGCGACGGAACCACAAUCAGUGCAGCUGAGAAUGUGAUUGACGUCAACCAAGAUGACGUCCUCCUGAUCGACGGUCUGACCAAGCGUUUCCGUCUACCAGGCUGGCGUAUCGCCUGGAUUGUCGGGCCCAAGGAAUUUGUCGACGCACUCGGCUCAGCCGGUUCAUAUCUAGACGGAGGAGCGAACGUACCAUUCCAAGAAGCUGCGAUCCCGAUGCUGGAGCCAUCGCUAGUGCGCCAAGAGAUGAAAGCGCUGCAGGUACACUUCCGCGAGAAGCGCGACUACGUUCUGAAGCGUCUGCACGAUAUCGGUUUCCGGGUGCGAGAUGUACCGCAGGCGACCUUCUACAUCUGGCUCGACUUGACGUCGAUUCAUCCACCGCUGCCAGCUGAGGCGAACAUCUCGGACGGACUGAACUUCUUCAAUGCGCUGCUGACUGAAAAGGUCAUUGUUGUGCCUGGUAUCUUCUUCGAUUUGAACCCGUCUAAGCGUCGUGACCUGUUUGAUAGUCCCUGCCACCACUUCGUGCGUCUAAGCUAUGGUCCUAAGAUGGAGGUGCUGAAGAUGGGUCUGGAUGGUAUCGAGCGUGUCAUCAAGCGUGCUCGUGAGAUGACUCCGAAGUGGGAGGAUGAGGUCGCCGUUCAGGAUGAUUAG